GUUGAUGGCUCCAGCCAUGCUGCUGUUUAUGCUUGUGUGUUCUAUAUGUCCGUUGUAGAUCUGACUCCAGCACUGUAACAGCCCUGUGUUGCUCUAUGUUCACCCUGCGGUGCAGCACACUGCCACUCGCUCUCUCACACACAGCCCCAUGCUGUCCCUCCCUGGUCUCAUGUCCCCUCUCCAUGCUGUCCCUCCCUGGUCUCAUGUCCCCUCUCCAUGCUGUCCCUCACUGGUCUCAUGUCCCCUCUCCAUGCUGUCCCUCACUGGUCUCAUGUCCCCUCUCCAUGCUGUCCCUCACUGGUCUCAUGUCCUCUCUCCAUGCUGUCCCUCACUGGUCUCAUGCCCCAUGCUGUCCCUCCCUGGUCUCAUGUCCCCUCUCCAUGCUGUCCCUCCCAGGAUCCUGGUCUCAUGUCCUCCGCUCCAUGCUGUCCCUCCCUGGGUCCUGGCCUCAUGUCCUCCGCUCCAUGCUGUCCCUCCCAGAGUCCUGGUCUCAUGCCCCAUGCUGUCCCUCCCUGGGUCCUGGUCUCAUGCCCCAUGCAGUCCCUCCCAGGGUCCUGGUCUCUUGCCCCCGCCCCAUGCUGUCCCUCCCUGGGUCCUGGCCUCAUGUCCUCCACUCCAUGCUGUCCCUCCCAGGGUCCUGGCCUCAUGUCCCCUCUCCAUGCUGUCCCUCCCUGGGUCCUGGCCUCAUGCCCCUUCUCCAUGCUGUCCCUCCCAGGGUCCUGGCCUCAUGCCCCUUCUCCAUGCUGUCCCUCCCUGGGUCCUGGCCUCAUGUCCUCCACUCCAUGCUGUCCCUCCCAGGGUCCUGGCCUCAUGUCCUCCACUCCAUGCUGUCCCUCCCAGGGUCCUGGCCUCAUGCCCCAUGCUGUCCCUCCCUGGGUCCUGGCCUCAUGCCCCAUGCUGUCCCUCCCAGGGCCCUGGCCUCAUGCCCCAUGCUGUCCCUCCCUGGGUCCUGGCCUCAUGCCCCAUGCUGUCCCUCCCUGGGUCCUGGCCUCAUGUCCCCUCUCCAUGCUGUCCCUCCCAGGGUCCUGGCCUCAUGCCCCUUCUCCAUGCUGUCCCUCCCUGGGUCCUGGUCUCAUGCCCCAUGCUCCCAGGGUCCUGGCCUCAUGCCCCUUCUCCAUGCUGUCCCUCCCUGGGUCCUGGCCUCAUGUCCCCUCUCCAUGCUGUCCCUCCCAGGGUCCUGGCCUCAUGCCCCUUCUCCAUGCUGUCCCUCCCUGGGUCCUGGUCUCAUGCCCCAUGCUCCCAGGGUCCUGGCCUCAUGCCCCUUCUCCAUGCUGUCCCUCCCUGGGUCCUGGUCUCAUGCCCCAUGCUGUCCCUCCCAGGGUCCUGGUCUCAUGCCCCAUGCUGUCCCUCCCAGGGCCCUGGCCUCAUGCCCCAUGCUGUCCCUCCCUGGGUCCUGGCCUCAUGUCCCCUCUCCAUGCUGUCCCUCCCAGGGUCCUGGCCUCAUGCCCCUUCUCCAUGCUGUCCCUCCCUGGGUCCUGGUCUCAUGCCCCAUGCUGUCCCUCCCAGGGCCCUGGCUCAUGCCCCAUGCUGUCCCUCCCUGGGUCCUGGCCUCAUGCCCCUCUCCAUGCUGUCCCUCCCAGGGUCCUGGCCUCAUGUCCCCUCUCCAUGCUGUCCCUCCCAGGGUCCUGGCCUCGUGUCCCCUCUCCAUGCUGUCCCUCCCAGGGUCCUGGCCUCAUGCCCCUUCUCCAUGCUGUCCCUCCCUGGGUCCUGGUCUCAUGCCCCAUGCUGUCCCUCCCUAAGCCCUGGUCUCAUGCCCCAUGCUGUCCCUCCCAGGGUCCUGGCCUCAUGCCCCUUCUCCAUGCUGUCCCUCCCUGGGUCCUGGUCUCAUGCCCCAUGCUGUCCCUCCCAGGGCCCUGGCCUCAUGCCCCAUGUUGUCCCUCCCUGGGUCCUGGCCUCAUGUCCCCUCUCCAUGCUGUCCCUCCCAGGGUCCUGGCCUCAUGUCCCCUCUCCAUGCUGUCCCUCCCAGGGUCCUGGCCUCAUGCCCCUUCUCCAUGCUGUCCCUCCCUGGGUCCUGGUCUCAUGCCCCAUGCUGUCCCUCCCUAAGCCCUGGUCUCAUGCCCCAUGCUGUCCCUCCCAGGGUCCUGGCCUCAUGCCCCUUCUCCAUGCUGUCCCUCCCUGGGUCCUGGUCUCAUGCCCCAUGCUGUCCCUCCCAGGGCCCUGGUCUCAUGCCCCAUGCUUUCCCUCCCAGGGUCCUGGUCUCAUGCCCCAUGCUGUCCCUCCCAGGGUCCUGGCCUCAUGCCCCAUGCUGUCCCUCCCAGGGUCCUGGUCUCAUGCCCCAUGCUGUCCCUCCCAGGGUCCUGGUCUCAUGCCCCAUGCUGUCCCUCCCAGGGUCCUGGUCUCAUGCCCCCCCGUCCCGUCCACACAAACUCGAUCUCCCAUCAUACAAUUCACUGCAGCUCCUCAGCCACACUGCCAGGAUGUGAUUUUGUAAGGGCCAGUUUCCCGGUCUCCUAUUAAUGAAUGCUUGUUAGUCCAGAGGUGGACUCUACCUGUGUCUGGGAAACCAGCCCUGUGUGUUUGUACAGCUUCAUGCUUCUAGUUCAGCUUGAUGUGAUGCAGUGUAUCAGCCAGGCUUCCAUUUCACUUUCAUUCAUUUUUCUGAACUAAUGUCCCCCUUUUUUCUUUAGGUAACCAAGGGGUGACUUGAUCAUAGCGGUAUAACUUUCAAAUAUAAGGCGGUUGAAUUAGUUUUGUGUUUUGAAGCAAUCAUUUAAUGACACUUUUGAUAGAUCUACGUUAGUUUGAUACAGUCAAAGACUGGUUCUCAUUGGCCAUUGCCACCAGGAGUCCAAGCUUGGUUCUCAUUGGCCAUCGCCACCAGGAGUCCAAGCUUGGUUCUCAUUGGCCAUCGCCACCAGGAGUCCAAGCUUGGUUCUCAUUGGCCAUCGCCGCCAGGAGUCCAAGCUUGGUUCUCAUUGGCCAUCGCCACCAGGAGUCCAAGCUUGGUUCUCAUUGGCCAUCGCCACCAGGAGUCCAAGCUUGGUUCUCAUUGGCCAUCGCCACCAGGAGUCCAAGCUUGGUUCUCAUUGGCCAUUGCCGCCGCCAGGAGUCCAAGCUUGGUUCUCAUUGGCCAUUGCCGCCAGGAGU